CGCUUAUGGCGGCGUGCGGGAUUGUUUGGUUUCGCUUACUUGUUCUGGGGCGCCGGUGCUCGCAUCACAUCCCGGCGUUGUUCCCUGCAAAACACUGCCUGAUCUCAGUGACAGUCCGUGCUUUACAGCGGUGCUGGGUGCACGAAGCAUGCUCGCCCAAUCGCCGCUUGCGGCGAGUGCCGCUAUACACAAAAGCACUGGUGCAAGAGGAACAGCAGGAUUUGUGUUCGCUGCUUGGUUUUGACAGCGAGUCCGACUACGUUGCCUGGCGGCGCGAUCACAGGGAUGUGCUCUUCAAUGUGUCAGAAGAUCAGCUGGCCAAGACAUGCCACUGGGUGCUGAGCGAGCGCUUGGAGCGCACAGCGCUCAGGCAACACCCUGCUGUCCUGAAGGUCUCCGCCAGCACCUUGAAGCGACGCAUGGCCGUUAUUCGCCAAGAGGAGGAAAGCACAGAGUUGAGCUCUGAAGCUUUGCUGGCAUUGCUCUGCUGUUCCGAGUCUCUGCUGUCUUACGUCUCUGACAAGGGGAGCAUCUGCGCUACGCUACGGCGCCAGAAGCUCCUGCUGUGCAAGGAGCUGUCCCUGUCCGAGCAUGAGUGCUUGGACUUGAUAAGCCGGGUACCCUGUCUGCUGAGCCACGAUUGUGAGCUACUGAAGCGCAAGCUGAAGAUUCUCAGGGAGUGUGGAAUUUACAAAGAAGCUGUGCUCAAGGACCCGUGGGUGUUCCGGCACAGCGAGUCUCUGAUGGCAAAGCGAGCGAAGCAGUGCCAGGCGCUGGGCAUUCCGAUGCGCACGUGGCUGCUGCGCUGCUCCGACGGCGUUCUUCAGCGCCACGUGCAGAUUUGGCGAGCCUCUAGGACGGUGCUGGGCACGCACCCGGACACGCCCGAGUACCUCGCAGAAAGGCUGCACUGCACGCAUCUGGAGGAUCUGGUGCGCCGCCACCCACGACUGCUCAGCAUACGACCACCUAAGCUCAAAGAGGUGCUGGACCUUCUGUUCACAAAUGGCUACACCGCCGAGCAGGUGCGCCAGUACCCGCGCGUGCUGAGCUCGAGUGCCAGCCGGUUGCGCCAGCGGCUGCAGUGCCUGUCCACCCGCCAGGUGCCGCUGCCGUCGCUCUACACACUCUUGCUAUCAGAGAAGGCCUUCGAGCGAAUCUACGGCAAAUCCUCCGGCGAGCACAACCACAAGCCUGCCGUGUCACGACCCGAAUGCCAAACUGCAGAAUAAACGUUGACGUCUUCCUAGUA